CGGCAGAAUGCAUCGAUUGCUGAAUGAAGAUGGCGGAUUCACGAGCGAUGCUGUCAACUAGACUUUAAUCAUUUGCAUAUUUUCUGUCAUUAUGCGUUUCGUGUGGAUAUUGGUCUUUCAAAAACGUACCUAGGCCCUCGUCUCGCCUCAUAGACUGCUGCUCACGCUGAGGCCUUCUGAGACCGACACAACCAACAGGAGGGACAGACACACGGACAGCACCCAAGGACAUCUCCACGGCAACAAGAGGUCUCCCUGCCUGACCGACCUCGUCAGAUUAGACACACACACCAGUUAUCAGCCCGCCCAACCCUGUGCCUCCUCCUCACCCAUCCACCCAGCCUCUGUGUCCCUGUGGGAGGAGUAUCCUGUGUUGUUGUGAUUUGUCUCCCUGCAGCCCCCCUGUUGGAGGGGAAGUGGUCAGCGAGGCUUGUUCCCCUCUGCCGCCCCCAAGAUGAGCAGGUUGAGCCUCCACAGGGGGCAGUGCUCAGGGCUGAGCCCCAGCCCCGCCAACCCCCAGCCGAGAAGCUGGUGAACCCAACGCACAUGCACAGCAGUGCAGCCACGCACACACACAACCUGAGAGCAGGAGCCACACACCCACGAUAGGGUCGAGAUACAACCAGCAUCUCCUGAUAACGGCCGUGUUUACGUGUGUACAAUGGAGUGGUGUGGUGUUCAGUAACGGGGAAAGGAGAAAGGAGAGAGGAGAGAACUGCUGAUCCGCCGAGAGGAGAGGAGGGGAGCGGAGGAGGAGUGUGUGAGGAACACACAGAGAGAGAAACCCAAUCCUCUUAGGUAGCAGAGCUGAGAGCUGAGGACGGGCGAGCCUGGGAGCCAGAGAAAGAAAACGAGUGAGAGAGAGAGAGGGAGGAGAGUGCAGAGGUAGAGGGAGCCCUAAGUCCAGCGCAGACUGAGUCAGAGCAGCCAGCCAGUCAGGCAGCGCGUCCUGCAUCCAGAGAGGUGGAGAGACGAGCAGGGCCACAGACGGAGAGUCAUGGGCUAUGGGGGCCAUGCUGACCUAGUGUAAAUGGCUAUUCCUCAGCACAGCUUGGUGCCAGUGUCUGCUGCUCAACCCUCCUCCCCCUCCUCCUCCUCUUCCUCCUCUUGUGUCCCUGCCCACUGCUGUGCCCCGGUGCUGUUCGUCCCCGGCGCUGCCUUCUGCUCUGCGCCUGCCCUGUUGUGCUGCGGUCAUGGUGGCCAGCCUGUGGAAGCUGGUGCGGGGCGUCAGGCAACUGGAGCUCCAUCGCCUCAUCCUUGUGCUCAUCGUCUUCUGCCUCCUCUCCAUGGCCUUCCUGGCCUACUACGUCAGCAACAGCCCCAAGAUCAAGGAGGCCCCCCCGCUGCCCUUCAGUGACUGCGGGGGGGUGCCGGUGGCUGUGGGAGGGGGAGUGGGGCAACGGGCGCCCCUCUUCCUGCCUCGCUCGGGUCGACUGCGCCAGGUGAAGGCCAUGGACAACUCUCGUACGGACCCGGUGGUGCUGGUUUUUGUGGAGAGCAUCUACUCUCAGCUGGGCCAGGAGAUCGUGGCCAUCCUGGAGUCCAGCCGCUUCCGCUACCGCACCGAGAUCGCCCCGGGGAAGGGAGACAUGCCCACGCUGACGGAGCGCAACCGUGGCCGCUACGCCCUCGUUAUCUACGAGAACUUGCUGAAGUACGUCAACCUGGAUGCCUGGAAUCGUGACCUGCUGGACAAGUACUGCGUGGAGUACAGUGUAGGCAUCAUCGGCUUCUUCAAGGCCAACGAGAACUCGCUGCUCAGCGCCCAGCUCAAGGGCUUCCCUCUCUUCCUGCACUCCCACCUGGGCCUGAGGGACUACCGCAUCAACCCCAACGCCCCACUGCUCUACAUCACCAGACCUAAUGAAGUGGAGCAGGGCCCCCUGCCCGGGGACGACUGGACCGUGUUCCAAUCCAACCACUCCACCUACGAGCCUGUCCUCCUGGCCGGUACCAAGUCCUCUGACACUCUGGCCCACCUGGGGCCGCUCAGGGCUAUGCACGCCACUGUGGUCCAGGACCUGGGGCUCCACGACGGCAUCCAGAGAGUCCUGUUUGGAAACAACCUGUCCUACUGGCUGCACAAGCUGGUGUUUGUGGACGCCAUCGCCUACCUGACGGGCAAGCGGCUCUGCCUCUCGCUGAAUCGCCACCUGCUGGUGGACGUGGAUGACAUAUUCGUGGGCAAGGAGGGCACCCGCAUGAAGGUGACCGACGUAGAGGCCUUGCUCAAAAUUCAAAACAAGCUGCGAACGCUGGUCCCCAAUUUCACCUUCAACCUCGGCUUCUCUGGAAAGUUCUAUCACACAGGCACAGACGAGGAGGACUGGGGAGAUGACAUGCUGCUAAGACACAGGAAGGAGUUCUGGUGGUUCCCCCACAUGUGGAGUCACAUGCAGCCCCACCUGUUCCACAACGUCAGCGUGCUGGCUGAGCAAAUGAGGCUCAACAUGCUGUUUGCCCAGGAGCAUGGGAUUCCUACAGACAUGGGCUAUGCUGUGGCCCCCCACCACUCGGGGGUCUACCCCGUCCACAGCCAGCUGUACGAGGCCUGGAAGUCAGUGUGGGGCAUCAAGGUGACCAGCACAGAGGAGUAUCCCCACCUCAGACCAGCCCGCUACCGCAGGGGAUUCAUCCACAGUGGCAUCCAGGUGUUACCCAGACAGACAUGUGGCCUCUUCACUCACACCAUCUUCUAUAACGAGUACCCAGGAGGCUCCAAAGAGCUGGACAAGAGCAUCAGGGGAGGAGAGCUGUUCCUCACCGUCCUCCUCAACCCUAUCAGCAUCUUCAUGACCCACCUGUCUAACUAUGGAAAUGACCGGCUGGGCCUGUACACCUUUGAGUCCCUGGUGAAGUUUGUUCAGUGUUGGACCAACUUGCAGCUGCAGACACUCCCCCCCACGCAGCUGGCUGACAAAUACUUCCAGAUCUUCCCUGAGGAGAGAGACCCCCUCUGGCAGAACCCAUGUCAUGACAAGAGACAUAAAGACAUCUGGUCGAAAGAAAAGACCUGUGAUAGACUACCCAGGUUCCUGGUCAUAGGCCCACAGAAAACGGGCACCACAGCCCUGCACUCGUUCCUGAGCCUCCACCCUGCCAUCACCAGUAGCUUCCCCAGUCCUGUCACCUUUGAGGAGAUCCAGUUCUUUAGCGGCCCCAACUACGACAACGGCAUUGACUGGUACAUGGACUUCUUCCCCUUCCCAUCGAAUGUCAGCACAGAUUUCAUGUUUGAGAAAAGUGCCAACUACUUUGACACAGAGGUAGCCCCUAAGAGAGCGGCUGCCCUGCUGUCCCGGGCCAAGAUCCUGGCCGUACUCAUCAACCCAGCGGACCGCGCCUACUCCUGGUACCAUCACCAGCGGGCUCACCAGGACCCGAUGGCCGUUAACCACACGUUCCAGGAGGUGGUGACAGCGGGACCUGCCUCCCCCCGAGAGCUGCUCAUCCUGCAGAGACGCUGCCUUAAACCUGGGGCCUAUGCCACACACCUGGAGCGCUGGCUACACCACUACCAACCCAGCCAGGUCCACAUAGUGGAUGGGUCCCAGCUGCGAUCCAACCCUGCCCUGGUCAUGGAGGGCAUCCAGAGGUUCCUGGGGGUCACACCCAUCUUCAACUACACCCAGGCUCUGACGUAUGAUGAAAGUAAAGGGUUCUGGUGCCAGAGGGUGGAAGGAGCACGACCCAAGUGUUUGGGCAAGAGUAAAGGCAGGAAAUAUUCUGACAUGACCCCUGAGUCGCGUGCCUUCCUUACGGAGCAUUACCGGGAGCACAACAUGGAGCUGCUGAGGCUGCUGAACCGGCUGGGCCAACCCCUGCCCGCCUGGCUGAGAGAGGAGCUGCAGAGCUCCAGCUGGAGCUGAGACUGGACCUCCCUAAGGAACCACAGCCUGGACUGGAGCACUUCCCUGCCCGGCCUGGCCCAGGGAAAGAGAGGGCCCUGUUUACCAACACCAGUCACUACAGAGGGUGGAAGAGGAGAGAAAGCGGGAGGACAGCCCGAUACGCCGCUGUAGUAACCAAUCCUCACGGGAGGGAAAUAAUGGCCUCUAAUAAGGGAGUUAAUGAGUUGGAAACAACCCUCCCUCUUUCCCCUCGCAGUCGCACACAUUGUCUUCAUCCAGAAAGUAGAGGACUUGUCUCAGCCUGCAGCCAGUUGGACUGACUGACGCCAGGGUCUGGCAGACUGAGAGGGGGUGGGGGGGUCUAAUGUCAUGUCACCCCCCUCUUUAACAGGAACUGAUAUCUUGUGGCCCUGGAGUGCAUGAAUAAACCCGCAACAUACGCGUGGUCACAUCUCACACACACGCUUCUCAUUUCUUCAGAAGAAUGAUUGUAAAACGUUGUACAUUUUAAAGCUGUUGUAUAUUUUGGGUGGGGGAUGGGUGGAAAAUGUGACAGAAUAGACAUGGACUAAACAAGACAGCACACUGUAGUGCUAUGGACAAAGACUUGUGCUGUAGGAUGGAUGUAGUGUAUCUCAGGCCACUGCUCCUUCAGACUCUGCAUUCCCCUACCCCAAAGCUGAGGCCAUUGGAGUACAUUCUGAUAAACAAACGGUCUACUAUAGGACCCACAAGUCUACAGAGAAACCCACACACUUUAACCAUGCACUUUCUCCCUCACUCUCACAUAGGUACCCAGCCAGUUUAGAGCUGUGUAGAGAUAGGGCCAGUCAGAGAGAAGAGGAUGAGCUAGAGAGAUAGAAAAAGAGAGGUUCUAGGUCUCUGCCUGUGAGUGUCCGUCGUAACAGGAGCUGCUGUCUUGUUUUGUUUUCUGUUUAUUUAGCAAAAACUACAAAACAAAGACCAACGCUGUAUCGUCUCUAAUAAACUCAGAGGUUGGAAUGGA